AGGCGCACACAACUCCACAUUUGUACUGAGGUCCACACUUGCGCCCAUGUCCUCUCACAGCCAGUUGAUUGUGUAUUUGAGAGAGGGGGGCUGCCACUGAAAACAGAGCUGUGCUGCCACAGAUAAACUCAAAGUAGCUCUAAAUUAGGAGCGCUUUUUCCCCUCCGUUUUCCCCCUCUUGGAUCUGCAUUUAAAAUCUUCAUUAACCUGGAUUGGAUUAUUGUUUUUUUUAUAUAAUUUUUUUGCCUUCUGAGCCACAUUUAAAAGAGGAUACCUGUUACUUUUCAUUUUGCUGGUUGAUUUGAGAGAGCACUGUCCCAGGUGUGAGCAGGGCACAGGAUGGCUCAAGCUGCAGAUGCAUGAGGCUAGAUCGGGCCCACAAGGAUAAGCAACUCAUCCCGUUUUUGCUCCCUAGAGAAGAAGGGGACACUGGUUAUCUGCUUCAGGAAAAAGAUCGUGAGCCCUGGAUUAAUGUGUGUACUGGCUCAACAAGGGAGCAGAAGAUUCUGGGUUACCUGAAAACACGGACAACGAAAGCAAACGGGCCAGGAUUGAGCCUGUGGCCGAGGGGAUUGGCAUGGCUCAGACCGGCUUUGUGUCAACCCAUCAUGUCUGACGGGCCUGAUGGCAGGAAGGAAUCUUUGCCAUCCGACUCGCGGAUCUCUAUAAAAAAACACAAAAAAACCUAACGGGCUGUUAUGGCUGUUGAACCUGACUACAGCAACAGCCGUCGGGAUUUUUAAUAUCACCUAAGGGUGCGUGUUCUUUUUUUUUUUUAGCAAGAGGGGAUGCUUUUUUCUACAGGCUUAUCUGCCAUGGCAAAGGCAUUGAAAGAAUGAGCCUUUGACAACACAGAAGAGGUCAUCGUCCAAACAAGGAUCAGCUCGGCAAAUACUGACCAGGUCAGGAUAUCGCCAAAACCCAUUCACCCCCUUGGACAAACGUUUUCUUUCAGUGAGGAUAAGAGCAAAUUUAAGAAGAAAUCUUGAUUGGAUUUUUCUUUCGUUGGAAAGGAUUUAUUGCCUCGUCUAAAUCAGGGUCCUUUGAGUGAUUAGGCUGCCAGGAUACACACCUUCAAGAUGGUCCGUCACUGCAAGUCCUUUGUCCUUUUUCUCAUAAGGAUUGGGCUGCUGCUGGGUCUUGCUAAUCCCUUGGUCACCUCUGCCUCGUGUCCCUCCGCCUGUCGCUGUGACGGGACCUUCAUAUAUUGUAACGACCGUGGCUUGACUUCCAUACCUACGGGGAUGCCUCGGGAUGCUACAGUGCUCUUCCUGCAAAACAACCGCAUCAAGAGUUCGGGCAUCCCCGCAGAGCUCAACAGACUUGUAAACGUGGAGAAGAUCUAUCUUUACUGCAACAAUCUGGACGAGUUCCCUACCAAUCUUCCGUUGGGACUAAAAGAGCUCCACCUGCAGGAGAACAAUGUCCGGAUGAUUACCCAUGCCUCGUUAGCGCAGAUUCCUUACAUUGAGGAACUCCACCUGGAUGAUAACUCCGUAUCAGCAGUCAGCAUAGAAGAGGGGGCUUUCAGGGACAGCAAUCACUUGAGGCUGCUUUUUCUCUCUCGAAACCACCUGAGUACCAUCCCGAUAGGCCUACCCAUGAGCAUCGAGGAGCUGCGCUUUGACGACAACCGCAUCUCAUCCAUCUCGGAGCAAUCGUUGCAAGAUCUCAUCAAUCUGAAACGACUGAUCUUAGACGGCAACCUGCUGAACAACCGCGGUAUCGGAGAAAUGGCUUUCAUCAACCUGAUCAACUUGACCGAGCUGUCACUGGUGAGGAACUCCCUGACUGCACCACCGGCUAACCUGCCAGGUACCAGUUUGGAAAAACUGCACCUACAAGAUAAUCACAUAAACCGGGUCCCACCUGGGGCUUUUGCCUUCCUGAGGCAGCUGUAUCGCCUGGACCUGUCUGGUAACAACCUAAGCAGCCUGCCACAGGGUGUGUUUGAAGAUUUGGACAACCUCACACAUCUUCUGCUGAGAAACAACCCCUGGCAGUGCACUUGCAGGAUGAAAUGGGUGCGGGACUGGCUGCGGUCGCUGCCGUCAAAGGUGAAUGUGCGUGGCUUCAUGUGCCAGGGUCCAGAUAAAGUGAAAGGCAUGGCUAUUAAGGAUCUAACCACAGAUAUGUUUGACUGCACAGACUCAGAACUGUUCUCCACAUAUGAGACAAGCACAGUCUCCAACAAUUUACGCCCGUCACAGCCCCAGUGGCCCUCGUUUGUCACCAGAAGGCCUGUGGUGAAAGGGCCUGACAUCAGUAAGAAUUACCACAGCACCACCAGCUCUUCAGGCAGAAAGAUCAUCACCAUCAGUGUGAAAUCAAGUAGUGCAGACGCAAUACACAUAUCAUGGAGAGUGUCACAACCCAUGACUGCCCUGCGGCUCAGCUGGCUAAAGCUGGGACACAGCCCUGCCUUCGGCUCCAUCACUGAGACCAUUGUGCAGGGAGAGAGGACAGAGUAUCUGCUCACUGCACUGGAGCCAGACUCCGCCUAUAGAAUAUGCAUGGUUCCCAUGGAGACCAGCAAUAUUUACCUGUCAGAUGAGACCCCCGUUUGCAUCGAGACAGAGACCGGCCCUCACAAAUCCUACCAACCGACUACAACUUUAAACAGAGAGCAGGAGAAAGAGCCUUACAAAAAUUCCAGUCUGCCUUUGGCUGCUAUCAUCGGAGGGGCUGUGGCUCUUUUGGCAAUAAUCAUGCUGGCACUGGUGUGCUGGUAUGUGCACAGGAACGGGUCGCUUUUUUCCAGGAACUGCACCUAUAACAAAGGUCGCCGGAGAAAGGACGACUAUGCCGAGGCCGGCACCAAGAAGGACAACUCCAUUCUGGAGAUAAGAGAAACUUCUUUUCAAAUGAUACCUAUAAACCAUCUGCCCGUGUCCAAGGAGGAGUUUGUCAUACACACAAUUUUCCCGCCGAAUGGCAUAAGUUUAUACAAAAGUCCACACAACGAGAACAGCAUCAACAACAGGAGCUACAGAGACAGUGGAAUACCAGAUUCAGACCAUUCCCAUUCAUGAUGACUCACGCGGGACAUUUCAAGAGCAGGAUGCGACUAAAGCAGAGCGGCAAGACUUUUACAAAAACACUGGAUAUAUGAGACUGAGGACGCAAUGUUCUGUACAUUUGCCAUAUAAUUUAUAUUUAAGGACAUUUUAUGAAAAACGGAGAAGAUUCCAAUUGCAGGCUGUCACUGAACUAUCAAAUGCAAUUCUAUAUUUUAGGGGUUUGUAGUUAUUUGUACUGUAUUUCCUUUGCUUAAGGUUACCAACCGACUAAAGAAACUCUGUGUUCUAUUAAGAUAUGAUGACUUGUCAACUGUGAAAGUGGGUUUUCAUUGCUGUGUUGAACAAUCAGACUUUAGGAAACCUUGUAGUAUAAGCACAGGUCAUUCUUUUAACUUUGUGGCUUUUAGAAAAACAAAAAGGCAAAAAAAUGACAAGUCAAGUAAUGUAAGGCACAGAUGAUCAACCAAUUCACCAAGCAGACACGCUGAAGGAUCUUAAAGAUUGAGCAGAGAGUAGCUAUCUCCACUUACUAUGGACCAAGAAUUUUACUCUAGUAUUCACCUAAUCUGUGGCUAUGAAUAACUAAAAAUGAGGUGCCAUGAUGUUUUUAUUUCUGCUUUGCUCGGUGUGACAUUUUGUUCUGUUUUGCAGGUAGAUGAAACACAGCAAAGCAGGGUUCCGAUGUAUCUGAUAGGAUUGUAGGCCACAGCACAGGGCAUAAAGCACAUCAACCUUUACUCUCCAUUUGUAGGAUGGCAAAAAGGACAAUGGCGGCCUCCUUUAGUACUAUGUACCAUACGUCAUUCUAGUCUACAGGCCAAAAAAAAAAAGAGCCCCGACUUGUUGGCUUUCAAAGGAAUCACCAACCUUGUGAGCAACUCCUUAUUCCCCCCAUUAGUAUUAUUUUGUAUUAUUUUCCAAAUGGACACUUUUUGUUUUGUUGCCACAAUUUGAAGUGAACGGUUCUUUACAAUUGAAAAAAACCAAAGUGCAUUUUAUGCCCUUUGGCCAGUCUUGUAUGUGCCUUGAUCUAAUGCUUAUUGUAUUUAGCUUUUUAAGAAACCAGUGACUUUUUUUCAUACACACUUGAAUAUGAGAAAUAUUGGUCAUAUUAAAGAAUAAAAGUGGACAAAAACAA